UUUUACGUCUCCCUCUGUUGUCACGUGAACCCCUGAUAUGAAUUCAAACUCGCCAAGGUCAGAUUAGUUACAAUUGAGUGAUAAAGUGGGGGUAAAGUGGUCGUGGCAAUUGGUGUAAGGAGAUCCCGCCGGCUUCAUGACGCCUUCAGUCUUCAGUGUAAAUUCUAGCCGUCGAGGCAAGCAGAAGAUCAAUCACAUCGACUAAAACCGAGAAUUAUCAACGGAAGAUAGAAAAUUUCCGUGAUAACAGUCCAGAGUCGAAAUGCGACUCAGUGCAGUCAUUUUUCUGAGCUCCUUGCUCAGUGCUCGGGCGGAUACUCUGGACGUUUGGGAUGGACUGGUGGGAAGGGAAUAUAUCAGCAACGUGAGACCUCCUUUCGAUACGUACAGAACCUUCGCAAAGGAAGGAUUCAUCAAUCCAUUUUUUGGAGAUAACGACGUGGCUUACAGAUGGGCAGGAAAUUCAUCGUCAUUUUUUAGAAGUGUAUUUCUUGUCAAUGCAGAUGAAUUUGCUGCUCAGCGAGCUCUCCUCGUAUUCCAGGGUGUUGACACGUUUGGGAGAAUUUCGCUGAAUGAUCAUGUCCUGGGUAACACCACAAACAUGCAUUUGCGGUAUUUUUACGAUGUCAAAGAGUAUCUCACUUUCCCGAAACAGAACAAGAUAAACAUAAACUUCGAGUCAGCAGUGAAAGUAGCAGAAUCUCUCUUCACGAAUCAGUCAAAAAAUUAUCCAGUCCCCCCUAAAUGCGUGCCCUCGUCCUACAAUGGCGAGUGCCACGUGAACCACAUUCGAAAGAUGCAGGCGAGUUUCGCGUGGGACUGGGGGCCAGCCUUCCCAGGCGCAGGCCUGUGGAGCAUUCCCAAACUCAUCAUCUUCAACGACUCGACCCUCUUCGACACGACGGUAGACGUAGAACUAACAGCCGACCAUCUCUGGAGGAUAACCGUAACUGUUCACCUGGAGAACGCCCCCAGUAGUCCAUCGAAGCCGGUCACAGGGACUCUGGGCGCCAGCCUGAUCAUCACGCCUACCCGAUGGAAGAACAUCCCCUGGAGUCUUAGUCCUACUAUUCCGGACUAUUACACUAACAGAACAACCUUCAACUUCACCAACAACGAGAAAACUUCACUUUUAUCGUUAACCAUAGACAUUCCUGAGUCAAAGGUCGUCAGGUGGUGGCCGAAUGGCUGCGGACGCCAACUGGCUAAUGGUCUUCAGAAACUAUACGACCUGAACAUCACCCUGACGACCCCUAGCCACUCGGAAUUCAAGAUCCGAAAAGUCGGCUUCAGGACCAUCGAACUCGUCCAAGAACCUCUGAAAAAGGGCCUGAGUUUCUACUUCAAGGUGAACGACGUACCGAUUUUCGCGAAAGGAACGAACAUGAUUCCUAUAGGUAUCCUAGCUGAUAGAGCGGCCAACGUAUCAGUCCGAGCGCUUUUGCUGAGGUACAUGCAGGAGACACACCAGAAUAUGGUGAGGGUGUGGGGUGGAGGAAUUUACGAGAUCGAUGAGUUCUACGAAGCGGCUGACAGCUACGGCAUCAUGGUGUGGCAGGAUUUCAUGUUCGCCUGUGCGAUGUACCCGACAACCCCUGAUUUUCUAGCUUCAGUGAGGGAGGAAGUGAGGCAGACAGUUUGGCGACUGAAGAGUCAUCCUUCUGUGGUGCUCUGGGCUGGGAAUAAUGAGAAUGAGGCUGCGUUGUACGGGAAUUGGUAUGGCACAGGUAACGAAAAAGUGUACAAGGACGAUUACAUAAAACUCUACGUUGACGUAAUAAAGAAAGAAGUUGAGGAAAAUGACAAGUUGAGGCCCUUCCUGGCCUCCAGUCCCACCAAUGCAGACUACAGUGCCCAGAAUGGCUGGAUCGAGACGGAUCCCUACUCCAAUCUCUACGGUGACAUUCAUUACUACAAUUACGUGGCCAAUGGAUGGGACAUCAACACGUACAAACGACCUAGAUUUUCGUCUGAGUAUGGCUUCCAGUCGUUGCCAUCCAUCAGGACGUUGAGACCCUACUGCCGGAACCCCAAAGUGGAUCUCGUCAGGGGCUCCGACUUCCUGAAGCAUCGACAGCAUCUACCGGGGGGCGAUGUCUUCAUGGAACUCCAGAUUAAAAUGAAUCUCAGGAUUCCGGACACUCAGGAUCCUCUCAGGGACUUUGAGAGCUACAUCUAUCUCAGCCAGAUUCAGCAGGCUAUGGCUGUUAAAAUUCAGACUGAGUCCUAUAGACAGGCCAAGAGCAGUGUCAAUGAACUAGGGGAGGGAAUGACUAUGGGGGCUUUGUACUGGCAGCUCAAUGACGUGUGGCAGGCACCCUCGUGGUCCUCCAUCGAUGUCGAUGGCAGGUGGAAAAUGCUGCACAAUUAUGCCGAGGAAUUCUUUGCUCCUGUUGUUGUCAACUCCAGGGUUACUCUCGAUGAAGUGAGGAUUUUUAUCAUCUCCGAUGAUUUGCUGGAGAUUCCCAGUUGCUAUGUGGAGAUCAAUUUCCAUAGGAUUUGGAAUGGCACGAUGCCACCGGUCUAUACCAAGCAGCUGGAUAAAGUCACUGUUCUAGGAAAUUCUGCCGUAGAACUUCCCACUCUGAGCCUCCAGGGAAUCCUGAAAGAGGCGUCAUGUGGCUCGACAUUCGAGGAAGCGAAGAAGAGUUGCAUAAUCGAAUUAAUUCUCAAAUCCUCCUCCAACAGGCAACUGGCCCCUGCGAACUACAUUUAUCCAGCGCCACCCAAGGACCUCGAUCUUCCUGUCUGCGAUCUUGACGUGUCCAUCGACGCGUUCCCCUCGUGGAACGUCCCAGAACGAUUGCGGAAUUUCUACGUGAGUGGCUACGAUGUCACCAUCAUGAGUACUUGCACUCAGUUGUUCGUUUGGUUCGAUGGCAACGGUUUUUACGACGGGAGAUUCUCGGAGAAUGGCUUUCAUCUGCUGAAAGGGUCGAAACGAAUUCUGUUCUUAACUCAAGACAUGGGUAGAUUGCAGGGACCCGUAAGGGAAAUUACUGUCACUACACUCGGGUCCAUUUAUGCCACUCCAAAACCCAGCAUGUCAAUUCAUGUCACAUACUAGAGACGAAUUGACGAUUCAUCAUUUUCGACGAUCAUAUCAUUUUAAUUUUCUUAAAUUUGAAAGUGUGAACACUUACGAUAAAAUUUUAUUCAAAAACCUAGGGAAUUCGCCACGAAUUUCUGUCGGAAUUCUGUUGAAUUUUCCCAUUCUCUCAUUUCUAGUGAGAUAUUUUCUAUAGAAAUUUAGGGGCUCAAAUUUUUCAAGGUUUUUUGUUCGAUUUUUUAGUGAAACAAAGAGUUUUCUCUUUGUUUCACUAAAAAAGUUCAAAACGUGGAAAAUUCUUGUUGAAGAAUUCCGAUAAAAAUGUCCGCAGAAAAAUUUACAGAAGGAUGAAAUUUUACUGAUUUUUUAAAUGUAAUUUUUUCGUAAAAAACUUUAGAAGACUUUUUUGCAUUUAAUGGAAGUUUCACUUAUCUAGAUAUUUUUGGGAGAACAUUUCCCAGACUUUGAAGAAAGUCUCUUGAGAAUUUUCUUUGCAGUCCUCGCUCCCAAAAAUUUGCAAAAUGAUUACUCUUUUUAAUUCUCUUUUUCCUCUUUACAAUUCUCUCUUUAUAAAAUUAUAACUACUCACGGUGGAAAAUACAUGUCGUAAUGUGAGUGAAUUUCAAGUACAAUCAACACGACUAGUACCACGAAAACACCACCGAUCAAUGUAUAGAUCCAAUUAAACAUUUUUUUACGAUUUUUGAGAACAA